UCUUUUCGGACGUACCGGAUAUGGAAAAUCCUCUAUUGCUAACAUGCUUAUUCAAGGUGAUAUUUAUCAAAAUAAUAAUGCGUUUACAAUUAGUGACGGUGCGAGAAGAGAAACUUUAAAUAUACACACAAGAUGUACGGAAAAAUAUCAAGUAUUUGAUAUAGUCGGAUUAGGUGAACCACUAUCUCACCUCGUUUCACAUAAGAAUGCUGUUAACAAAAUAAGAGAUUAUUUUUCGAAAUGUAAAGUAACUCUCAAUCAUAUAUUUUACGUUCAAAAGAAGGUUAAAAUUACCGAUGAUGAUAAAAAAAUGUUCAAGUUGUUUAAAGAGAUCUUUGAAUGGGCAGAAAAAAAUAUUGUUAUUAUCAUAACUAAUAGUAAACCGGAAUGGAUUGAGAAAAAUUUAGAAACAAUUAGUGAGGAUUUAGGAAAAUAUCCAAUUAUUUCGGUUGAUUUUCCCUUUACUGAUGAAGAUGAAGUUGACAUUAUCGCUUACAUAUAUAGAAACAAAAGAGCGCAAAGUUUGCAACGUUUAGAAAACAAAUUGUUAGAAUUAAGAUACAAAA